GGGAAGCACUCCACCAUGCCCGACUCACCUGCGGACGUCAAGACACAGUCCAGGUUACCCCCUACCAUGCCGCCCCCACCCAGCACGCAAGGAGCGCCCCGUAACAGCUCCUACACCCCCACUACAUUAACCAAUGGUAGUAGCCACUCACCUACGGCGCUCAACGGCGCUCCAUCCCCUCCAAAUGGCUACAGCAAUGGUCCUAGCUCCUCCUCCUCAUCCUCGCUGGCCAACCAGCAGCUGCCGCCAGCCUGCGGCGCCCGUCAGCUCAGCAAGCUCAAGCGCUUCCUCACAACUCUACAGCAGUUUGGCAACGAUAUCUCACCUGAAAUCGGCGAGCGGGUCCGCACAUUAGUGCUAGGACUAGUGAAUUCCACACUAACCAUCGAAGAAUUUCACUCCAAGCUCCAAGAAGCCACCAACUUCCCUCUGCGACCUUUUGUCAUUCCCUUUCUGAAGGCCAACCUGCCGCUCCUUCAGAGGGAGCUGCUGCACUGUGCCAGGCUGGCCAAGCAGAACCCAGCUCAGUACCUGGCCCAGCAUGAGCAGCUGCUCCUGGACACCAGCACCACCUCCCCAGUAGACUCCUCCGAACUCCUGCUGGACGUCAACGAGAAUGGCAAGAGAAGGACACCAGACAGAACCAAAGAGAAUGGCUUCGAGCGAGAUGGUGUCCUGCACCCAGAUGUUCACCCUAGCAAGCGUCCGUGCACCAUAAGCCCCGCACAGCGCUUCAGCCCAUCCAAUGGGAUCUCCUACCAACCCAAUGGCCUGCCCCACCCAGGCCCGCUCCCUCCGCAGCACUACAGGCUGGACGACAUGGCCAUCGCCCAUCACUACCGUGAUACUUACAGACACCCCACCUCCAAUCAUCGGGAGAUCCGGGAGAGAGCCAGGCCUAUUGGUAUGCAUACAGGGACCAGGCAGGAAGAGGUGAUUGACCACAGGCUGACAGACAGAGAGUGGGCUGAGGAGUGGAAGCACCUUGACCAUCUGUUGAACUGUAUCAUGGACAUGGUGGAGAAGACAAGGCGCUCACUGACAGUACUGCGGCGGUGCCAGGAGGCCGACCGCGAGGAGCUCAACUACUGGAUCCGACGAUACAGCGACGCUGAAGAGCUGAAGAAGGGUGCCACUGGUGGGCAGUCAAGGCAGCAAAGCCCGGCAGCACAGGAAAAUGCAACAUCAGAAAUUCACAGGGAGAUGCUGCACCGGCCUGUGUCUGGCUACGUCCCUGAAGAGAUCUGGAAGAAAGCUGAAGAGGCAGUGAAUGAGGUGAAGCGACAGGCCAUGUCAGAGCUGCAGAAGGCCGUGUCCGAGGCCGAGCGUAAGGCUCACGAGAUGAUCAGCAGCGAGCGGGCCAAAAUGGAACGUACGGUAGCCGAGGCCAAGCGACAGGCGGCCGAGGACGCGCUCUCCAUAAUCAACCAACAGGAGGACUCCAGCGAGAGCUGCUGGAACUGUGGCCGCAAAGCCAGUGAGACGUGCAGCGGCUGCAACACGGCGCGCUACUGCGGCUCCUUCUGCCAGCAUAAGGACUGGGAGAAGCACCACCAUGUCUGUGGUCAGACCCUCCAGGCCCAGCAGCAGCAGCAGGCCAGCCAGCAGCAGGGAGGUGUCCCGGGGUCAGAGACCCCUGCUCCCAUCAGCUCCUCUGCCUGCACCCCGAGCAGCGGAACUGGGAGUCCGGCUGCUACCCCGCCUGCUGCUACCACUCGCUCCUCCACCCCCAGCACCCCGUCCUCCUCUGCCCUGGAUGGCACACCGCGCUAAAAGACUCACACAGAGGAUGCAGGCAAAUGCCUCCGGGGCUUAACAGCCAGCCCUCAACCCCACAAACAGCAUGACUGUCUACAUUGCCUUGCAAAGAUACUAAGCUAAUGUGGCUAACAGAAAGAGAUGGCAAUGCUUCUGUCUAUCUUGCAGCGUAGUCAUAGAAGGAGGAGGAGGAGGUCCAUAAUCAGGUCAUAUUGACUUGCCAUGACUUUAAAGAAACACAAAGAUAUUCUUUGUUUUGAAUGAAUGAAUUUAAAUAUUGACAUCCUUUUAUCGUUACACUUGCUAUUCUUGUUGUCUGUUUGUCGUCGUGCCUGUUGUUAUUAACGUUGUUGUCCUUGUAGCUUAUCUUAUUUUCUCCUGUAAAUAUUUAGAGACUGAGCAGAGAUAGCCGUGAACUCAAGACAAGUAUAUCUGACCUCCCCUUUUUUAAAUGUUUUUAUUUUCCUUCCUGUAUCUGGGGCGUGAGACUAGUCAACCCCUGUUUUACCAAACAGCACACCAAGGGAACAUAUAGCUAGCAGAACAACUGAAGUCAUUAAUACUCUUUGUAAAGAAAGAUAUUAGAUUUAAACACCCUGACAGGCACCGACGGAUGGAUGGAUAAACAAGUUUGCUGCCUGGAGAGAGGAGGGGGAUGGACUGAAUCUCUGGCCCACAGACCGCCAUGAAAUGGGCAGAUGUGCAGCAGAUUGCAAGCAGAGCCAGCUGUUCAACCAAUGUUAUUUCCCUCUCACUUGUAAUAAUAUCCAGGUCAGUGGGCUGGGAAAUACAAAUCCAUCUCCCUGAAGGAUGUAAAAUGAAGAAUUCUUGGACAAGAUACAAAACUUUGCCCACUGCACAUGUGGAGAAUGUACUGACUACAAUUCGCACGUGCAUGCUUGGUGGGUCACAGAAGCUCUCAAACAGGAAGUGAAGUCAUCAUCCUACUGGCGAGACUGUCAAAUCACCACAACAGCAGCUGCUGGGCCACUCAGAGCUGAAAACUUAUAGAACUCAGUAGGAAGCUUAUUCUGCGCCCCAGAUGCUCCCCUCCUGUCUCAACUCUGAAAAACAUUUUCAUCUUUCUUCAUGUUCUUAUUCUUUUUCUGUAGAUGUCAUGGUGUUUAAGACUUCUGUCCUGUGGUGUCACCAAUGGUUAUUUAUUGUAUAUGUGUUGGGCAAUUGUGACAAUGCAUAGUACUUCAACCAGUCACAACUCUAAGUCCUUCAUAACUCUUUCUCUCUAGCUGGUGCAAAAAGAGAUAAAAAAAAACAAGUGUUAUCUUUUUUCCAAGCUGCUUUUCUAUUCUGUGUGUAAGUGGUAGAUCCCUCGUAGUUCUAUAAGUUUUACUUCCCUUCGUCCUCAAGAAAAGACACAAGCUAUAUCUCAGAGCUGCUACUUGAGUCCGACCCAGAUCUUUUCUGAGAACUAGCAUGUUGCGCGGAAUGCUAACCUAAAUGUUUUGUACAAGGGACAUACAUAAAUGUAUUUGCACUGUCACAGAGGUUAUUUCGGCAUGCUUCUUUUCAGCAUACUUGUGUUGUCAGUAUAGAGCCAUAAUUCAUCAACCAUUCUGUAUGUAGUGAUAGCAUUAUCUGUUUUUACAUUCUUUGGGAUGGGGGCAGUUGGAAAAAUAUAAAAUCACCAAACCCACUUUUUUUUCUUCUCAACAUGCUAACAAAAGCGGCCAUAAUAAUGUCUUUUUUUGACUAGUUACAGACAGUGCAUGCACAUUACUGAACGUUUGUUAAAUAUUUGUUAUUUUUUAGAAAAACUUAAAAACAACCAAAAAAAGUUAAAAAUACAAAAAAUAUUCUAACAAACUAACUUUCCAAAUGCAGAGGUGUAGACUCCGAUUGACAGCUUUAACACUGCAAAGCACCAGGUAAACACAGUAUUAACACAAGAGAUAAACAAAAAAAAAACACCAAAAACAGCCAAAGACUGACACCAAGGACCAAAAUCCUGAUUUCAACAAUUUUCAAAAGAGGUUUGUUCACACAAAUAUUUGCUUAUUUAUUUCUGCAGGUUUUGUUCAUACAUUCAUAAAACAAAACCAACUUCAGUGUCAUAAAUGUCCCACCCCAACAGCACUCAUCUUACAUUGUGAAAUGAGAAGGUGUGAAUUAAACAAUGAACAUUUCACAGCAGUGUUACAUUUUAACUGGAGCAAUAAUAACCAAUGUGACAUGAACACUGAUGAUUUCUGUAACCAUUUUUGAAGAAAAUCUUUGAGCUAUUUUUUGAUCUUGUUUAUACAUUUUCUCAUUACACAAAUGUCAGAUUAAGUGCCCAUUUCCACUUUUCAGCAGUUAAGUUAUUCUUAAAGAGGUGAAUGUGAGACUGGGCUUUCACAUCAAAGCCAUUUGCAGUUGUUUUAUAUUUAUUUAUAUCAAAGUAUGCCAUUUUUGCUGUUGGGAUAGAUAAUCAGUCGCAGCUUUGUUGUAAACCUUCAAUGUAAAUCAAACAAACCUCUCAUUCGCAGUAAGAGAGCACUUACCCUGACGCACACAAAGGCUCUUCACCCCAAACACCUUGGUGCUACACAGAAGCGCGUUACAAAUUCUGACCUCAAGGAACAAGUGGAGGCCCUCAAGGGUUCUGGGCUGUUUGCUCCCUCUGUACUUCCUCAUCUCUCCCUUCUUGUCUAAAUAAAUUACACACCUGCAUUCUUGACUAAAGGGUUAAACAAUCCAAAAAGGUGUCUGACACCCUACUAGCGACUCCUCAGAAGCUGUGACGAAACAGCCAAGCUGUUUUAACACUAGUGUAUUUGAAAGUAUACAACAAAUAACAUGUGUGUUCAUCAUUAUCAGGGCAAAAAAAACCUGGGUUUAAAAAAAGAAAAAAAAUCGAAGACAAACAUUAUCGCUCAAUGAUUCUUUGAGAAGCUCUAUUUUUUCUUUCUUCCCUCCUCUAUGUGUGUUUUGCUACAAAUUCCUCUGUGGCAAACAAGUCUCACUCUACCUCUUACAGCACGAUAAGAGCAUCAGUCGCGGCGCUGAUACUGGUCUAGUCUAAACCAAAUGGGCACAAGAGAACAGGAAAAUAAAAAACCCAAAGUCGAAGCUCAUACAGCUGCAAAACCAUAUCACUACUUGGUAACAAUGCAGACCUCAUAAAUAAAUGAAACAUAAAUGAAUAGAAAUGAGAAAAAAAACUGAAAAAAAACUUUUGUUAUGUUCCUUUAAGCCUUUGGCAUUUCUAGAGUACAUCAAGAGUUUGAAUUGUUUGAACAGAUUUUAAAAAUUGUGCUAAUUUUAAAGAAAAGUGUUGUCGAUUCCUAUUUCGACGAUACGCGCUAAGGUCACAGAUAAGAAAUGUUGUUUCUCUCUCGCUCUUUUUUCUCUCCUGUUUCCCCUCCACCUUUUUCUCCUCUUCUCUUCUCUGUUGUGAAGACAUGCUAAUGUGCUUGUCGACUUGUCAGCGUGGGUAAAGUCAAAAGGGGGGGAUAUACAAAGCUUGUAAAAUCUAAAAUAAAAGAAAUGAAGGCUAUGAAUUUAGGCAUGCCAGUUUUUCACAAUAGGAGGAAAUGUUAUUUAAAUUUCCUACUUAUCAAGAAACAUUGGGGAAAUGUGUGGGGCCAACAGUGAACAGCGAAGGCUGUAGCAUUAAUCUGUGGGAGUGAGCUGAACUUCAGGGGUGGGAAGGGGAUUUUUUGCGUUCUCUUGAGAAAAUUUAUUGUGAAAAAAAAAGAGCUCAAAUGAUUUGAAGUUGUUGUGCAAUACUUAUUUGAGACAUGAAAACCACAGGUUAGUGGUAGGCUGACACUGGGCGGUCUUUCCAUCGCCUAGGGUCAGUGUCCUCUAGAGAGCUUUCCAGUCUACUAUGUCAGAACUGUGGUUUCUUGUUGAUUUUUUUUCUUUUUGGUUCUUUUUUUAAAUUUCUUUUUUGGGCUGUAAACUAUGGUCUGUCAGUCUGUGAAACUUUGCAGUAUAAUUCUGGUAUUGUUGUUCUCUUAACGGUGUAAUAAAUAUGUUAAUACCUGC